GCAAGUCAUCAAUACAGAAGGUUGUGUUCCACAAGAUGACUCCAAAUGAGACGCUCUUCCUAGAGUCAACAAACAAAAUAGAAUCUGAGAACAUUUCCAAUUCUUCGUUUGUCCAGUUCAAGAUUCUAGAUUUUCCUGGGCAGAUAGAUUUCUUUGAACCUUCAUUUGAUUCUGAGAAGAUUUUUGGUGGUCAUGGAGCACUUGUCUUUGUUAUAGAUGCACAGGAUGACUACAUGGAAGCUACCCAGAGAUUACACCAGACAGUUUUAAGGGCACACAAAGUCAAUCCUAAUUUAAGAUUUGAAGUCUUCAUUCACAAAGUAGACGGACUUUCAGAUGACAUUAAGAUCGAAACUCAACGAGAUAUUCAUCAGAGGGCCAAUGAUGAUUUAAUAGAUGCAGGAAUGGAACAGAUUCAUCUGAGCUUUUACCUUACUUCUAUAUAUGACCAUAGCAUAUUUGAAGCUUUUAGCAAAGUUGUACAAAAACUGAUACCGCAGCUUCCAACCCUAGAAAAUCUCCUCAAUAUAUUUAUAUCGAAUUCUGGUAUUGAAAAGGCCUUCCUAUUUGAUGUCCUUUCCAAAAUUUAUAUAGCAACAGAUUCUUCACCUGUGGACAUGCAGAGUUAUGAAUUAUGUUGUGAAAUGAUAGAUGUUGUUAUUGAUAUAUCUGAUAUUUAUGGGAAAGAUGAAGGUGUUCAAGUGCCAUUUGACAAGGAAAGCUCUAGCAUAAUAAAGUUGAAUAAUGCCACCAUAUUGUACUUAAGAGAAGUCAGUCGGUAUUUGGCACUAGUGUGUAUCCUCAGGGAGGACAACUUCGAGAGACAAGGUCUCAUAGACUACAACUUCCUAUGCUUCCGAAAUGCAAUCCAAGAAGUGUUUGAUGUCAGAACAAAUCAGUUACAGCAAAUGAACUGCAGUUCUUCUCCCCACCUUCAAACAAAUCAUGUAAAUGGUCCUACAUCCUAGUAUAAAUUUUAUUGUUAGUUAUUGUUCAUCGCUGGUCAUCUUCGCUCAUACGUACUAUAUUUACUUAGGCUGUGCUCAAGACUUGCUUCUUUAACCUUUUGGUUAUCUAGACAUGCCAAAGGUUUUGAAGAGUGUACAUGAAAUUAUUAUUGAGGCUCAGUUUCUCCUUUUUAAUCUGUUGUAGAUGUAUAAUCCGAGUAUGUAUGUGUAAUUCAACAGCAUUUAUUAUAUGUGUUUUUUCUUAUCAUGGUAAGUAAUUAUUUUUAAAUAUUCUUUGAGCAAUUUAGCUUCUUAUUCAACCAAAAUUUAAUUACUUCUUCAUGUUUUUCAUGUUGUUUAACAUCUACAAACUGCUGUGCCUAAGGAUCAUUAUUUAUACAGUUUGAAUAGUAUUUCCUUUCAGUAAAGUUACUAAGUUAUAGAUAUACAAGUAUCAUUCAUGUACAACCUGUGAAGCAAAUUUCUUUGUAAACUAGUAUUGUGAGUUUGACUAACUAUAUAAUACAUAUACAGUUUAUAUAUAUAUAUAUAUAUGAUUUUUUCAGUAGUUUGUAGAAAUAAAAUUUUAAGAUAUUUUUUCAGCAUUUUUAGUUACUGUGAUUGACAUAGUUAUAUGAUUAUGUAUAUUGAGCUACCCGCCCUUAAUUUGGCAUUUAAAGUAAUACUGGGCUCCAAAAAUAUUAAUGCGACCCUUAUAACUAUUGAAUUUCAAAGUAGUGCUUUCUCGACUUACGGUGCCACCGACUUAUGUAGAUUCGAUCUUGCAGCGCUUUUUCAGCGCCAUUGACGGUGUGAAUGUCAAGAAUAGGCACCGAGUUAACUGUGCUUAUUGUGCUGCAACUUGAUGCAACAUCAAGUUAUACUGCCAAAAUUCAAAUUACAGUGCAGUGCUGGAACAGAUCAGCCACUGUAAGUCGAGAAGUGCUUCCAUUGAUGAAAAAGUAUUUUCAAACUUGUAUUUAAUGAAGAAAAAGAUUUUGUAAGAGGAUUGAGAUUUUGUUGAAGUAUACACUGUAAAUAAAUGUUAUAAUAAUUGCUAUGAAGUAAUUAUCAUAGUAGGUGAUAAUUACUUUAGCAGUCUUCACAAAACGGGAUAUUCCAGUUAUGGAGAAUUGGAUUUUAAUUUAUUGUGUGUACAAAACAAUAUCCAACUUAGUACGUUUUGAAUGCUUAGAAACUUAAAAGUGAGUUCACAAAUGGUCUGAUAAAAAAAGGGGGGGUCUUCAAAUUCAAAUUUGUCAAAAUUAAAGUGACAAGGUAGCCUUUGGAUUCAAAUUACUAUUACAAAGAAUUUGAAGUCUAGGUCUUUUUUCCUGAUAGGCUGCUUUUAUAUGUUUAUCAGUAAAAUCUCCUACACAUUUCAGAUCAGAAUAAAAAAAUAUUUUUUGAAGUAUACUAAGGCUGUUACAAUAUGGAGACAAGUCCUCUAAUUACCAAAUAAUAUUGUACCUUGCUUGCUAGUUGCAUAUAAUUUUUUUACUUCUUUUUGUUUUGAUACUAUUUUAUCUUCUUUCUCCAUAAAAAGUGAUGAGACUUUUAAGACCCACAAAAAUCUUUUUUGGGGACAGAACAUAAACAUUGGAAAGCAUAAAAGCAUUAAAUGUGAAUUAAAGUCCUGGAAGCAAAUCAUAUUACCAUCAUGUGCUGUAUUAAAAAAUUUCAUUGGUCUUAAACCAUCAUCCAGCUCUGAUGCCAUCAAAGUUUGGUGGUUGAUGCCCACUUACUGCAGGCUGUCAUCCUUGCUCGUAGAAUUUGGCCCAACAUUUCUCUCAUAAAGUGUUUAUGUAGGAGAGGGAACAUAAUAAAUUAUUGUGUCAUCAAGCACUACCCAUGAUUUGAUUUUUAAAAUGUAAAUAAAGAUGGAGCUGGGUUUCUUACAAAUUAACAUGAAGAAUCAACUCGGGAAUUGGAAUUGCAUUUUUACCUGUAUGUAAUUCCCUGAUAGUUUUACAGAUUAUACUACAAAAUCAGUCCUAAUAAAAGGGUAUGCAUGUUUAGGAGUUUCAUGGGGACUAUACCAUAAGCCUUGGAAUCAGUUUUGACAGUACAGUCAUAUCCUACAUACGAAAGUCCCUACAUACAAAAAAUUCAGGUUACGAAGGCAAAGACAAACAGUUUUUUGCUUCUGUGUAUGAAAAUAAUUCAGGUUGUGAAAGGGUGUGUGCACUGUAAAGUCCGAGAUUCGCCCGGGCCGCUGAGAACAGUUUUAAAACUCAUGCAGCGCCAACUCAGUAGACUCACCACCAUCCUCCUGCUCUCCCAUUGGUUCCUGAUGCUAGUCACCACCGUAAGAUCCUGCUCUCCUAUUGGUCAGCAUCUGCCCAUCAUGCCUCUAUGUAAAGGCGUUCCUUGACCAUUUUUUGCGGCAGCGUUAUCGUAAACACCUGGAAUUCGUUCAUUCACAUAUUAUUUUGUUUGUUAACGUGAAUUUGUGUUAGGGAUUUUGCUUUCAUUGUACUGUAAGUUACUUUAUCGUGUCGUGAGUGAACUUAAUUACUUACGUUAUUAGCCAUGAGUCCCAAGAAUGUUGCUGAAGUUCAUGUAAAGAAGAGGAUGCUUUCUAUGGAGACGAAGAUGGAGAUAAUCAGAAGUGUUAAUGUUUUCUGCCAUUUGUUAAUGUGUUUCGUAAAGUUUAGUGUUAAUGUUUUAUGCCAUUUUUUAAUUUGUUUCAUAAAGUUAAGUGUUCAUGUUUUCUGCCAUUUGUCCUCCUCCUCUGUCGCCACUUUCGGACAUCGCCUCACUCUAAAGGUAAGGUUCCACAUUUUACUACAUACAUACAUAAAUGUACAUACAGUAUUUCUUGUACCCUGUACACUAAUACACUUUAUUUACAGGUACAGUCACGGUUAGGUUAGGUAUUGAAUGGUCCAAAUUGUUGUAUUUCAUUGUUUAUUGAUCAAUUUAGCUUUAUUAUAAAAUUUAAUAUGGUGUUUUUGUAGGGCUUGGAACAAAUUAGGCAAUUUACGUAGUUCUAGAUACGAAAAAAUCAGGUUACGAAGGCCACUUCGGAACAGAUUAAUUUCGUAACCUGAGGCACUACGGUAAUUUUGGACUAAAGAGUCUUCUUUGGAAGCCCUUCCAGUCUGGGAAAUAUAGUAAAACAGGUUUUGAGCUAGGAAAAACCUAUUUUUGGUAGCCACUGCGAGUCCUCGAAGUUGUUAUUCUCAUGGUCUAGGGGGGCUUCAUAAGAUAGACCAACCAAUUUUUCUAAGAAUUCUCGUAUAGUUGGUCUUGGCCAGUAUAGUGCACGUUGACGCUGAUAGAGUAUAGGACUCAAGACAAGAGGGCUCUUCUCUUUUCAAAAGCGACUGCCUACGUUCUUCCUUGCCUUACCGUGCAGACAUGGCAACUGCGCACCACCCCAUUGUCCACUAUCGUGGCAACAACACACUGCGCUAGACUAACUGACCAUUCUUUUCAUGUCUAUGCAGGAAAAUUAUUCACCCAAAUCCCAUGCCUUUUCAUUAGGGAAAGUGGGUGGGUUUGAAGACACAGCCGGUACCUAAAUUAGGUUUAUCCUACAUCAAAACCUGUUUUUUGAUAGUGUAGCUGCUUUUUGUCUUCAAAAGAGCUUGUCAAAGAAAUUGACUGGUGACAAGAUGGCUAACCUUUUGAAAUUCAAUCCCAACAACCCAGAUAAGAUUUUUGUCCAAGGUUCCACAAGUUAUAAACCACCUACGUAUUUUAUUCCGGACCCAUAGGGUUUGGCAACAAAGAACAUAAAACUUAACACGAACUUACAAUUAUUAUGAUACCACCUACUGAUACACAGUGUAGUUGAAUUUGUUCAAGCUUGGGCAGUAAUGUUUUAAGGAUGCUGUUCCUGAUGACCACCCUGUAGAUUUGAAGACUUCUACGAAAGAAAGAUUUCCAAAGAAAACUAAUGAUCCACUUACCGUCCGAAUGUCAUACAACUUGGGGGUCUGCCUUUUUAAUAAGGGGCUCCACAAUUAUUCUCAGCCCAUGAAGAUGGAGUGGUUGGAUGUGCUAGGGUGUAGGAAAAUUGGACCCUCUAGGAUGUUUGCUACGACCUCUAGGUAAACUUUAAGUGCUUGAACCGGGGGUAAGUUUACUCAACAAAUUGAGUUCCCUUACCAGAAUAGAUUUUCUCUUUAAAGGGUUCUCAUUCUUGGUCAGGAGUGAUGAGCCAGGAAACAAUGAUAAAUGACAGUUAGCUUUAUGAGUAAUGUAAUGUUGUCCUUGCCUAAUAAAGCCCAGGUCACUAAUGCAAACUUUUGAUGCAAAAGUAGUCAAGAUCACCUUUUGCAUUAUAUAUUUUGUAGUUGUAUUAGGCUUAAUGAAUUGAGGGGUUGACAGAAGACUAAAACACUUUCUUCAGGGACCUGGUUAAUGGGAAGUCUUGCAGGAGCAGGUUUAUGCAAUGCAAAAGACCGAUGGAGGGAAGUAAUAAAGGGAUUUUGACGUAGGAAAAAUCUAUUUCUGGGCGAGGAAGCCGUGUCGCCCAGUGAAAUAUGUCUCCUUUAGCACUAUUUCUAGUAAAAUAUUGCUAUAAUACCAGAGAACUGCUAAAUUGGACAUGUCAGAAGCCUCUGACUGGCUCACCUAUAUAAAAGGUGUCGGUAUAAAACUAACAGGUUCUUUCCAAGCAGCCCUCUUCACUCCCUCUUUGUCAUCCAUCCUCAACACUUGCCCAUACCAACUCAUUUGUGACACUCUUAUUGUCUCUGUAAUCUUUACUAAGCCUGCUCUUCUUGUUUUGUCAUUUUCCAAUCUCUUAAGCGAUAUUCCUAUAAUCCACUUCAACAUUCUCAUCUCUGUUCUCGCAAGCUUACUUCCUGUUUUUUUUCUUAGAGCCCAUGUUUUUCCAUAGAUUGACACUGGUCUUAUCACUAUGCUAUAGAUCUUGACUUUUAGUUUGAUUGGCAUUUUCUUAUCACAUACUACUCCAGCUACCUCUCUCCACUUCCCCCAUGCAGCUUUUAUCCUACUGUCAAAUUCAGCCUCACAUCCUCCCUCUUGACGUAAAGUAGAUCUUAAAUAUUUAAACUAACCUGUUUUAUAAUAGUUUCUUCUUUCUUGCAUUACUAUUCUUCCGCUAUCUUACCUACUACUCACCAAAAUCUGUUUUAUUCACGUUCACCUUUAAGCCACCCCUCUCUAAAGACUCCUGCUACGCUCCAAUCCGUCUCUGUAGAUCUUCCUCAUUUUCGACAUUAAUCACCAGAUCAUCGGCGUACAACAACUCCCACAGCUCUUCAUUCCUGAUCUCCUCACUUAACAUAUCCAUGACCAGCACAAACAAAAUUGGGCUUAAUGCUGACCCCUGGUGUAAUACAACUCUAAAUUCAAGGUUUUCUGUUAACCCAACUGCUGUUAUUACUUUUGUGUUCAUUCUAUGAUAUAUCAUGUCAACCAGCCUAACCAACUCUUCUGGGACUUUCUCUUCCUCAAGCACCAAAACAUCGCUUCUCUUGGGAUUCUGUUGUAUGCUUUCUCCAGGUCUUUAAAUGCACCAUAGAGCUCCUGGUUUCCUUCUAGCCUCUUUUCCUGUAGGUGUCUUACUAUGAAGGUGGCAUCCACCGUCUCUCUUCCCCUCUUGAAUCCAUACUGUUGUUUCCCAAUAUUUACAAUCUCUCUUAAUCUCUCAGCCAGUAUCCUCUCUAAAGCUUUCAAUCCAUGCUCUGUUAGUUUAAACUGAUAACAUUCUGCUCAAAAUUGCCGAGAUGUAAAUUCCACAACCAGGCCAACAACCAUGUUAGUUUUUUCUUUUAGGAAUUUCCUUUCAGGCCACUGAACAGGUAAAUUGGUUAUGUAUAUGAAAUUUAUGAAGCUCCUUUCCUAGCUCUGAACAUUGUCAAUCAAGGGGAAUUUGGGAAAAUCCUUUGCCUAACUUGGAAUUGUCUCUUUUGUUGAGCAGGAAAUGGAUAUAGCCCAUGGAUAUGAUCUUUUAUAUAAUAGACAAAUUAUACAUCAGUAUUCAGUAAUGCUCCAUGUUGUGUGGCAGACUAAUCUUUGACCUUGUUUCAUACAUGCAUACAGGCUUCUUUAUGGUAGCGGUCAUUAGUUUUCUUGGAGUCUACUCCUAAUGCUAUGUUAGGAGGGUACUCCUGAUGAUUAUGUUAACAUCUCUGUUGGUAAGAGAUUAUUUUGGCUAGCUGGGAAAUGAUGGCAAGGCGCUGAAUGCAUUUUAGAUCCCUCUUCUCUGAAACCCAGAUAUAGCUAAUGUUAACUUCAUGAUAAUUAAGAACAGACCUAGGAUGAAGACCUUCAUCAUGAGGCUUUGUUUAUCUAUCCUUUGAGUCUACUCGGGUAAACCAGUUAUCCACAAAGACAAACUCUUGGCUUUUGCCCAACCAAUUUCUUUAUGGGCUGGUCUACGACAAGAGACUGUGCAGGCAUUAUGUCAGCAUACUGUAAUCAUAAACAAUAAGCCAGUUUCAUGUGUUUGGUGAAAAUCAGAGAUGCAGUGUUAUGGGAUGUAUCUUGUAUGUACUUUUUAUGUUAGGCUAUUUAAUAUAUCAAUCUGGUAUACAUAACACUACAACAAUAAUCCGUUCAGGACUGAGACUGUAUGUAUUUAAUUUCUCUCUUCAAAGACAGGAAUGGAAUAUCAAAAACUGACACAGAAGAAUGCAUAAUCACAUGGACUCAGUUCUAGGGGUCCAUGUGCAGGGGCACAUUUUUUGUGAUGAAUCCAAGUACUGUUCAUAGUACCCAAUUGGCAAUUGGCCCAUGUGGCUCUGGACAGUAUCAGACUUCUUCCAUAUGAGAUUAUUUGCAACCCUGUCAGUUUUCAUCAUCUUGCCAGUCUCUCCUCAUAGCUCAAUUGAUUGUCAUCAUCUUGCCAGUCUCUUCCUAGCUCAAUUGAUUCAGUAUAUUAGUGUAUUAGCAUUAUUGUUCAGCACAAUGCAGUGGCAAGCACAGUUCAGCACAUUCCAGGAGCAGUGUAGUGCAGUGCAUUGUAGUAGUUGGCAUUUGGGUCACUGAACUUGAGGAUGUUAAGACAAGGUGUGGGAUCAUAGGGGCUGAUGUUUAAAACGUUGAUAUGUUGCUUUCUAAAUACUGACAUGGCUCUACAAGCAGGCUUAAUUGCUGUGCUAUGCUCAGUGAAUAAGUCAUCUUCAUGAGGGACCUCAAGGUGCACUUUUACUUAUUUUUGUGUUUAGAGCUUUAAAUGGAAGGUUAUCCAAGAUUCCAGAAAAUUUUGAAGGUAAAUGCUUUGGAAAUCAACAGCUAUACUUUGAGAUUUGAGGUAUGUAUUUUUUUAUGUCCUUAAGAAUUGAAGCAGAUAUCUGUUACUAAUCAGCCUCUUUCACAUUCAUCUUCUUAGAGCUCAAGAAUUUUGGCCACUGCUCUUUAGAAGUAAAUAACACUGAAUUAUAUUGUCAAAGAUAUUCCACAUUGGCAGACAGCACAGUGAAGAUUUGCCUCUUGCAAACAGGGCAAAAAAUCCCUCUUUUUAAUUCGGAACCUAGGUUCCCAUCAAUCUGCUGUUUAAAGACUAGGAUGAUGAUGGCUUCUUCUGAGUUAAGUUAAAACCUUGGUAGUGAGAGUAUAAUUAAACUGGGUGGACUAAGAACGACAAAUGAACUACUUGAAAUUUACUUAAAACAAUAUGUACUUCUGUCCUAUAGGAAGGAUAGAGUAAUCUGUUGAGGAUAGUUUACAUCUUGGUGGUAUACUAGUGAUACAUGUUUCUUUGAUUCUAAGUUUUCUGUGUUCCCCUCAGUCUAGUCCUGGAGGAGCUUAAUGCUGCUGGCAUAGAUAAUUAUCAAGCUACCAGCUCUUCUAGUGGAAAUUGGAAAUUAAUUUGUUGUGCAACCAAAGUCAGUG